GAGGAGUAGUUAUCAGCUGAACUGAGAUCUGCUGCUGUGAAGAUGGUGUUUGUUAAAGAAGAGAACACGACUCAACCAGAAACAUGCAGAAUAAAACACGAGGAACCAGAACCCCGGAGGAUAAAACACGAGGAACCAGAAACCUGCAGAAUAAAACAAGAACCAGAAACAUGGAGAAUAAAACACGAGGAACAAGGAGCUUCUGCAGCAAGUGCUCCGUCAUCAUGCAGUACCACCGCGAGUGACGUCACGGAUGGUCUGAUGAAAGUGAAAGAGGAAAGACCAGAUCUGAAUGAAGUGGACAAACUUUGGGAUCAAAAAGAUCAUGAUAUCAAUGAAGAAAAAUCUGUGAAUUGCAGCAUCCAAAUAACAGAAGUCAAAAAAAAGCCUUUCAUCUGCUCUCAGUGUGGAAAGGCUUUUAAAUAUAAACAAACCCUUAAGAAGCACAUUUUAAUUCAUCGUGGGGGAAAACCUUUCAGCUGCUUUCAGUGUGGAAGAACUUUCCCAUGUAAAACAAACCUUAAGGAGCACAUGUUAAUUCAUACUGGGACAAAGCCUUUCAGCUGCUCUCAGUGUGGAAAGUGUUUUACACAUAAAAGAUGUCUUGAGGAUCAUCUGCCGGCUCACUCUUCAGUAAAGCCUUUCAGCUGCUCUCAGUGUGGAAGAACCUUCCCAUGUAAACCAAACCUUAAGAAGCACAUGUUAAUUCAUACUGGGAUAAAGCCUUUCAGCUGCUCUCAGUGUGGAAAGGGUUUUACACAGAAAGGAAACCUUAAGGAACAUUUGGUUAGUCAUACUUCAGAAAAGCCUUUCAGCUGUUCUCAGUGUGUAAAGUCUUUCAAACAUAAACAAAGCCUUAGGAAUCACAUGAGAAUCCAUAGUGUGGAAAAGCCUUUCAGCUGUCUUCAGUGUGGAAACACUUUCAUGACCAAUGAAAACCUUAAGGAUCACAUGCUAAUUCAUGCUGGAAUAAAGCCUUAUACCUGCUCUCUGUGUGGAAAGAGUUAUACACAGAGAGGACACCUUAGAAAUCAUUUGUUAAGUCACAGUUCAGAAAAGCCUUUCAGCUGCUCUCAAUGUGGAAAGUCUUUCAAACAAAAACAAAGCCUUAUGAAUCACAUGAGAAUCCAUAGUGGGGAGAAAACCUUUCAGCUGUUUUUAGUGUGGAAACCCUUUAAUGUGUAGUGAAAACCUUAAGAAUCACAUGUUAAGUCAUGCUGGUUAAAAGCCUUUCAGCUACGCUGUGUGGAAAGUCUUUCACAUAUAAAGGAUAUCUUAUGAAGCACAUGAAAAUCCAAAGUGGGGAAAAGCCUUUCAGCUGUAAACAGGGAUUUAAACAUCACAUGAGAAUUCACACUACAGCGAUGCCUUUCCAGACAAUUCAUAAAAAUUAAAAGCCUCACGUCGGUCUUGUUUGUGGAAGAUUUCUGUAACUUAAUUUUAAUGUGUACAUUGGUUCCACACGGUCAGAAUGUGGAAAACUGGCUUAAUUGUCCUCUUUUUCUCAAAUAAUUUUAGCUUGCCAAACUAAGAUAAUUAAUUCAAAUUAGACUACUUAAUAGUUAUGUUGAUUCAAGAUAUUAUUUGUCAUUAUUGUAAAACAAAUGUAUUAUGUCCCAUUAAAGUGAUUUC